CGGCAGCAGGGGAAAUUGCAGCAACAGCCACUGGAACAGAAGCUGCCACUGUACCAGCCCUCCCAGUACCAGCAGCAGCAGCAGCAGCAGCAGCAGCAGCAUCAGCAGCAAGCAGUGAAGUCAAACGCACUUAGCUCUGGUGGUGCUCCCUUUCGCUUGGGCGGCACAGGGACAGCUGUCAGGGGCUCUGCUGCCUCUGCUGCCUUCUCUUCUGCUAAAACUCCUGCAGGUGGAAUGGGAUCUCCACCUGAGGUUUCACCUGGCCUAGCACCUGGAGCUAGCAGCACGUCCGCUAGCCUUGGUGCUUCCCACCUUCGCACAUCACCAGCCGCUGCCCAGACUACUCAGGCCCCUAAUUCUGCUGGGAACACUCCGCUCCCCAUGGGGUAUAGUGCUGCUUAUGCAGGCAUGAGAGCCAACCCCGGAACUGCUAGUGCUGCUGCUGGUGCUGGCGUUGCUGGUGCUGGCGUUGGUGGUGCUGGUGUUGCUGGUUCGGGUUUUAUGGGUGGUGUUGCUGGUUCGGGUGGUGGGGUGUUGGCUCAGCCGAGUGUGCCUGUAAUGGGAGUGAACGCACCCCCUUAUAAUGCACACCUGUCACCAGCUCAGCAGAUGCGGCAGGAGCAGAGGUGGAGGAGGAGGCAGAAGAAGCAGCGCAGUUUGGAAGGAUAAAAGGGUGUGGGGGAGGGGGGGAGCUAGAGAUUUUUUAGCAGAUGCGGCAGGAGCAGCAGAGGAGGAAGAAGCAGCGUAAUUUGGAAGCAUGAAGGGGACAGCAUGGUGGUGAGGUGAGGUGAGGUGAGGUGAGGUGAGGGAGCAGUGUGGGUGUGGAGGAAGAAGCUAACUACAGUGGUGCCUGAUAACACCGGUAACCUCAGAAUGGGCAACAUACCUACACUACUGUAGUAGUGAGGGUGCCUGAUACUGUAACACAUAUUUAUUUAGCCUACAUAAUUAAUUGCUUUCAAUUUU